AUGGCUAUGGCUGGGCUUCUACCAAAAGGAAUAACUCGGUAUCAGAUCAAUGGUACCAGUGGAGAAUUUCAGGUUUGGAUGGAAGAACCGUGUAAUGCAAAGUUUGAAAACGAGGUUCACUAUGAUCCGAACAUUAAGGGUACCCUAAAUUAUGGUAAGAUCGGGGAAUUAUCUGGUAUGACUGCUCAGGAACUCUUCCUAUGGUUCCCUGUUAAGGGCAUUCGUGUUGAUCUACCUAGCUCUGGUCUCAUUCACUUCGAUGUUGGUGUUGCUGAUAAACAAUUCUCUUUGUCCCUCUUUGAAGAUCCUCCUGAUUGUAACCCUCAGGUUAAUGCUGAUAAUGAUGAUGUGUUGAGGGCAGUUUGGUAG